UAGAGUACCGAUACAAGUCUUUGUCUCUUUUCGAAGUGCACAUAGUUGGUUAGUUCAGUAGCAGUUUGGAUCACAGAAAAAGAAGAAGGCAGCCAUGGCAUCGACUGUCACUCGCCAAGAGGGUAUCCAGAGUCUCAUUGACUUUUACCAGCAGACAUACAACAACAAGACGAAUGACAAGACCAAGAAGACUAACGAAUUGGGUGCCUUUUAUGUGAACCCUGCCGUGUCGUUUGUGUCCUCUCCUGAAAAUGGGGUAUCUGUCUGUGCUACCCAAGCCAUUCCCAACGGUACCGUUCUCUUGAGAAUUCCUCAACAAGAACGAGUUUCCUUGACCAAUAUUGCAAAUGCAAAUGCCAAUCAUAAUCAGGAUGCUGUUUCCAAUACGCAAGAACUGAUAAUGCAAGUGCUCAAGGCCCUUCGGACGCAGUACAAUGCUGUGGCGGGUGGCAGCAACCACAGCGUGUAUCCGCAUGGCGACAUUUUGUUGGCCAUGGUCAUUCUCCACGAUUUAGUCGACCAAAAGCCGUAUACCCAAGCGUGGCCAUCUCCAGAGGACUUUCAGAAUCAGUAUUAUCCUCUUUGGGAUCCAUCCAAUCCCAACUUGCAAACACUCCUCAAGGGAACUUUUACCUUGCACACGUUGGAAGGGUACUGGAACUCGAUUCGCUGUGCCUUUGAUUUGAUUGUCCUGCCAGUUCUUCUCAAUAAAGAAGAACAGCAAGACAUUGUCCACCAGUUCCUUCCACCUGCCUUUCAAGAUGAAAACAAGACCCUACAAGACAAUCUAUGGGACGCCUUUCUCUAUGCCAGUUCCUUGGUUCGCUCGCGCAGUCAUGAAGGCAGCACACCCGAAGAACCCGAAAUCAUUCCCUUGGUAGACUUGAUCAAUGGACUGCCGUCCUUUUGCCUACCAUACAUUAAUGUCCACAUUCGCAACUGCCAAGCAGGAGGAAUUCCCUGUACGCAAGUUGUGGCAACGCACGACAUUGCGCCCAACCAAGAAUUCAUCAUUUCCUAUGGCGAUAUUCAUGCAUCUUCCUGUCUGAUUCGCUAUGCGUAUUGUCCCCAACGAGUCGUCCACCAUCCGCUGGCGUCCCUCGAUGUCCUCAUGAUUCGGGUCUCGAAAACUUUGGCGCCUCGCGACAGUCUUCGUGCCAAGGCAUGUCGCAUAUUGCAGUUCCCCUCUACACCGGAGGAUAUUGAACGGGAUUUUAUGUUUCACUUGGGCCAUGAUGCACUGGGACCGUAUAUGCGCUCUCCCAUGUUUCAAGGAGAAACCGAACAGCUCAAGAGUCUACGACAGUUUCUCAUGGUGUGCCACCUCAUGAACGACGAGGAGGUACAACUCAACAUUGAAACAGGACGGUUGCGGGGCAACAGCGUUACGCAAGAGCAAAUUGGGAAUGUGCAUUUAGCACUAUUCGAUCGAUUAAUGACGGAAUUCACGUCUUUGGAUGAUGACACUACAACAACAGCAACAAUCAGCGCCAAUAAGGAUGAUGACCCCCACAUACAAACCAUCCAUAACGUUCGUAUCUGCCAACGAGACACUAUGGCACGGUGGCGUCAUGCUAUUUGUCGACGUUACAAUAUUCCAUCCCAGCAUGCCGACCCCAAUGCCACAGCAAAUCCACUGUUACAGCCCCACACCCGUGCGCCGCAGUGUCUUUUAGAGACUCGGGGGUGUCGGGUCUGUGGAAGAACCAUCCGCCUCAAGGCUUGUACCAAGUGCAAGGCCGUCAAGUACUGUGGAAGGGUCCACCAAAUCGAGGAUUGGAAACGACAGCACAGACAAGAGUGUCGUCCCGCGCUUGCUGACUGA